AUGGUUGCCCAGGCAAAAGCUGUCACAGUCUCCCUGCAGGAGCUCAAGGACGACUCACUGGGCAUCCUAGUCGUCAAAGAUGUGCCUCCCGAGUUCGCACAACUACGCCAUCUCGCUUUAUCGUACGCAUCGUACCUGGGCAACCUCCCCAGCGAUGAACUUGAGAAGCUGGAAAAUGCAGCGUCAAAGUACUUGACGGGAUGGUCUCUCGGUAAGGAGACCCUCAAGAAUGGACAGGUGGACACCUUCAAGGGCUCGUACUAUGCAAACUGCGCCUUUUACACGGAUCCCUCCCUGGAGUGCGCUGCGCCUACAGCCGAAUUCUCCCCAGAGACCUUUCCCGAGUACCUGUCGCCCAACAACUGGCCAGACGCCUCGCUCCCGGGUUUCAAGCCCGCAGUGACCACCCUCUGCCGCCUGAUCAUCGACACCGCCGUCCUCGUCGCCAAGGCUUGUGAUCGCUAUGCUGAGCAGAGCAUCGGGGGCUACAAGCCGGGAUACCUGGAGCACGUCGUCAAGACUAGCACAACGACCAAGGCGCGGCUGCUGCACUACUACCCGCAAUCCGGCGUCGAGGAACCGCAGGGGAGCGAAGACGACUGGUGCGCGACACAUCUGGACCACGGCUGUCUCACGGGUCUUACAUCGGCCAUGUUCAUCGACGAAGCGGCAAACCCCCCCACCAUUGCUGACCAGCCCUCCGCCGGCACUGGUGCGUCGCUGCCUCCUCUGCCUGAGUUGGCAGCAUCCCCGGAUCCCGAGGCUGGCCUGUACAUCAAGUCACGUUCAGGCGAGACGUACCAGGUCAAGAUCCCACGGGACUGCAUUGCGUUCCAGACUGGAGAGGCCCUGGAACGGAUCACUCAGGGCAAGUUCAAGGCCGUGCCCCAUUUCGUCAAGGGCGUGGGCAAGGGCAAGGGAGGCCAUGUGGCGCGGAACACGCUGGCCGUGUUUACGCAACCGAACCUGGGAGAGGAUGUUGACAUUGAGCAGGGUCUGACGUUUGGCGAGUUUGCGCGUGGCGUUGUAGCGAAGAAUACCGUGUCAUGA